AGCUGUGCAGACCAGUUGACCAUGCCUGGGCUUCUGCUGGGUGACGAAUUCCCCAACUUCGAGGCCGAUACCACCAUCGGAAAAAUAAAGUUCCACGACUUUCUUGGCAACUCAUGGGGUGUCCUGUUUUCCCACCCCAGGGACUUCACACCUGUCUGCACCACUGAGCUGGCCUGUGCCGCUCAGAUCAGCAAUGAGUUCACAAAACGGGGGGUGAAGAUGAUCGCGUUGUCCAUCGACAGCGUUGAAGACCAUCGCAGCUGGAUCAAGGACGUGAUGGCGGUCAGCAGCGAGGCUGACCAUACCCUGCCUUUCCCCAUCAUCGCCGACGACAAGAGAGAGCUGUCAGUCCAGCUGGGCAUGCUGGACCCGGACGAGAAGGACAAAGAUGGGCUGCCUCUCACUGCCCGCUGUGUCUUUGUCAUUGGCCCAGACAAGAAGCUGAAGCUGUCCAUCCUUUACCCAGCCACCACCGGGAGGAACUUCAACGAGCUGCUCAGAGUUAUCGACUCUUUGCAGCUGACGGCUCAGAAGAAGGUGGCCACGCCUGUCGACUGGAAGCCUGGUGACAAAGUGAUGGUCAUUCCCUCGCUCUCUGAUUCGGAGGCUACCGCCCUCUUCCCUAAAGGCGUGACCACUAAAGACGUGCCCUCUGGAAAGAAAUACAUGCGCUACACCCAGAUC